AUGAUGAAAUUUAUCCAGUCUGCGCUCAGUCGAUUGAAAAGGCGUAACAAGCCACGCCUGCUCCUGGCCCGUUAUGAACAGCCGGGUCGACCCAACACAACCCAUUAUGCUCUGAUAGUGGCCUCCAAAAGCGAAAUCGAAGCCAGGAUGACUGGAAAAGAAGCGGGACAGAUGCCGGGUACGAAAUUCGAGAUCAAGCGAUGUCCCUCAACCACCACUGGUGCAUUUCGUGAGCUAUGGCAGGUUGAAGUUGUCGAGGUCCCUGACUUUGAGUUGGAUACAGGCAUACACUCGUGCGCGGUGAUCGGGAAGGUUCAGUAG